UCCUCUUCACACCCUACCCUCCUCCUCUCCUCUCCUCCCCUCCCCUCCUCAUCGCCGCCUCGCCUCGCCUCGCGACGCAUGGCGGCGCCGGCGCUCCUCUCCGCCCCGCCCCCGCCCCCUCCGGUGGACGACGACGGCGCCCCAAGCCCCGCCACGCCGUCCCCGGAGCCGGAGGGAUCCUCGCGGCUGCGGUGGCCGGCUGUGCGGGUCACCUCGGAGUUCGACAGCGCGACCCGGCUCUUCUCCCACCGCAUCUCCUGCCGCGUGAUGGACGGGCUCGCCAAGCUCCGCAUCCGGGCGCACCACGGGGGAGGGGGAGCCGCCGCAGGCGCGCUGCCGCCGCCGCCCCCCGAGGUCGCGCUCCUCGCGCGCAACUUCUCCGUCGCCGUCGACACCGCCUCCCGCACCGCCCUGCUGCGGGGCGUCGCCGACCUGGCCGGGUCGCUGCGGCUGCGAGCUUCACACAACACCAAGGAGCAAAAAGGGGAAGUGACAGUGACAGCAAAUUUGGGUGAUUCACCAUGCAAGAUUGAGUUAUCAUCUGUGGUUCCACCUGAUGGAUUGCCAAGGACAACCUUCAUCUUCCCCAAUGGUGAAGUUUCAGUUAAGGAGAAAUAUUUGGAUGAAGGAAACAGGGUUUUGUCAGUAAAUGGCAUGGUGAAGUCUAAUGUUCUGAAUGGAGUUUUUACCGCAUUAUACAGUGACGAUGAGAUGAACUUAAAAUAUCGUUACAAGGAUGAAGAGUUAUCAUUUAUUCCCAGCAUCUCUUUACCAUCGAACUCAUUAUCCUUUGCAUUUAAGCGCCAAUUCACUCCUUCAGAUAAGUUAAGCUACUGGUACCAGUUUGACACAAACUACUGGAGUGCUGUCUAUAAACACAAGGCCACUAAGAAUGUCAAGUGGAAAGCUGGUUAUGAGUCUGACCAAAGGCUUGGAUGGGCAUCUCUUUGGGUUGGAGAUGCAGGGGGCAAGACGAAGGAGGUGCCUUUGAAGGCCAAAGUUCAGUUGACGCUUAAAGUUCCACAAGACAAUGUAAAGAAUUCAGCCGUAAUGUUCCACGUGAAGAAAAGAUGGGACUUCUAGUUUAUGAACUCUGUAUUACACCAUGCGCACAUAACUAAAUUUUGUGCACAAAUAAAGGAAGAGUAAUAAAAAUAAAAAAUGUGGAUGCAUUUCCAUGAGUCAAUAUGUAAUAUGAUCAGCUUAUCUGCUGCAGAAAUGGAAUGUUAUUUUGAUGUACAAUCGACCUAUGACAAACAAUUUUGUCGCA